UUUUCGUUCGCCUCCCUCCGGUCGACCACAAAGUCACCUGCAUCAGUGCUGGCGGGUCAAGUUUACCGAGCUACUUUGGUUCCCUCAUCAAUUCUACUCGUUUCCACGUGCACAAUCAGGUUAGAAGGGAAGGUUGGAGGAAAGUGGAGCGGUUUCAUGGUGGGUCUCUGUCUAGGCCAGCACCUGGAUGAGCCUCAGUCUUGCACAGCACCACUUAUGGGUGUCCUGAAAUGGCGGGAAGGGCUUGGCUUACUUGUUGCUAUCCGGCUGACCGGGCGGUCAUCUAAGGUGAACAACCCUCAAGAGCCGAAGAAGAGAGACGGGAUAAUUGCCAAAUGGAGUCGACCAAGGUAA